UGGGAUUCAUGGGAGUGUGAAACUAAAGAAAGAAAGCAGAAGAUAGAUUUGGAGGCAACGCGUUAGUUUGUAAAGGAAUUGGAUUCUGUGUAGCUGACAUCCACUGGAUAAGUUCUCCCAACAAAUACGUCAAUCCCCACUUUUCUUUUUCUCUUAUUUGAUUAACCGUUUACUUUGAACCCUUCCAAAUUUCAACCGUCCUUCUGUCCUGUUUCGAACUCCCAUUACACUUAUAACAUAAAGGAAAAAGAAACACAAAAUACUAUGAUCUCAUUUUUAUCAUACAUUUCACAACUCCACUUCCUGGAAAUAUCCACUGCUGUUUUCUUUCCCCAAAGAAAUCCCAUUGUUUUUAUUUAGAGAUUCCUUGUACAACUUUUCUUGUUUCUCAAAGAAGGUCCAAGUUGAGUCAGAGAGGAUGUUGGAGAUGUGCACAAGGCCAUUAGAGAUGUGCUUUGGAGGAGGUGGAGGUGGAGGCGAUGAGCUCUUAUGGCAUAUGGAUUUGAAGCCCUACGUUUCUGGGGACUAUUCCAUAGCAGUUGUUCAAGCCAAUUCCUCUUUGGAAGAUCAAGGUCAGGUGUUUACUUCCCCUUCCGCCACUUACGUCGGCGUCUACGACGGCCAUGGUGGACCUGAGGCUUCCCGUUUCAUCACUCAACAUUUGUUCCCUUUUCUUCAUAAGUUUGCAUCAGAGCAUGGGGGGUUAUCGGCAGAAGUAAUAAAGAAAGCCUUUGAUGCUACUGAGGAGGAGUUUCUGCACUUAGUGAAACGAUCGUGGCCAGCCAGGCCACAAAUCGCUUCUGUUGGUUCCUGUUGUCUUGUUGGGGCAAUUGCAAACGAUGUUUUAUAUGUGGCUAAUCUUGGUGACUCAAGGGCGGUUCUUGGCCGGAGAGUGUCUCCAAAUGGACCUAAUAAUCAAGUGGUGGCCGAACGGUUAUCAACCGAUCAUAAUGUCGCCGUUGAAGAGGUGAGGAAGGAGGUUGUGGCGCUCCACCCCGAUGAUUCUCAUGUUGUGGUGUAUAACCAUGGAGUUUGGCGGAUAAAGGGCAUAAUUCAGGUCUCGAGGUCCAUCGGAGAUAUGUAUCUGAAGAAACCUGAGUUCAUUCAGCAGUUCGGUUUACCGAUUCCUUUGAAAAGGCCUGUAAUGACUGCAGAACCAUCUAUAUUAAGUCGGAAGUUGAAACCUCAGGAUCUGUUCUUGAUUUUUGCAUCUGAUGGGCUUUGGGAGCAAUUAAGUGAUCAAGUAGCUUGUGAGAUUGUUCUGAAAAGUCCUAGAGUUGGAAUAGCAAGGCGACUGGUACGAGCUGCGGUUCAGGAGGCAGCAAAGAAAAGAGAAAUGAGAUACGACGAUAUUAAAAGGAUUGAAAAAGGAGUAAGACGCCAUUUCCACGAUGAUAUCACCGUUAUAGUCAUAUACUUGGAUCAUCCGUUGAGUUCUUCAAAUGGUAGAUUCAAGGAGGACGAUUUUAUCGACUGCACUAGUGCCCCUGUUGAUAUCUUCUCGCUCAAUGUCGAUGAAGCUGAUGAUUAGUUUCCUUUCCCCCAUCAUGUGAAUGAACAAAAAAUAUGAAUGUGACAUAGAUUAAAUCCUGUUGGACGACCAGUGACGAGAAGAAAAUGGGAAUUUGAAAUAAUAUGCUCAUCCAAGGUUGCUGUACAUAGUUGUUUUUGUCACUUCCAUGGGUGCCAAAUUGAAGCAACUGCUCACUUCCCUGCUUGGUUUUUGUUGUCAUCUUAAAUACUUCCCCCCCUCCGUAGGAAUUUACUAUGCAUACAAUUUUUUCUUUCUUUUUUUUCUUUUGAAGAGAUUCUCAACAGUUUGUUCUCUUGAAGAUUAAAUAUAUAUAUUAGCUAGAAUAAGAAGAACCAAGAUUUGGCA